GUACGUGACGUAGGGUUUCUGCUUUCCGUCACCCGAAUUCUCAGAAGUGGCACCUGUGUUUUUGUGAAACAUUGCUCAGGAAAAAGUGAAGUUUUUCUGUUUUGUUGGUGGUGUGUUAUUUGUGAAACUUCUGCAUCGGUGACAGACAUCGGUAGUGGGAUAUACUGCGUUUCGAUUGGUAUCUUUCUGCGUCCCCUGCCCCCUGCCUCACACGACGAGACAAUUGUAGUCCAAAACACACAGGGAAAAGUCACCGUUGGCGCCUCCGGAGUUCACCGAAAGCCUCAUUGGCCGACAGUGGAUUGUUAAUAGAGAAGACGAUUCUGAAUGGACAUGUGUCAAAGUCUACGCCCGUCCUCAUGGAGCCCGCGGCUAUCAUCAGUAGUAAACCGUAACGAAGCUGUAGUCGUUCAAGCGUAAUACCUGCAGCCCCACCAGCUUUAGUCAAGAGUAUGGCUGGAUCAUGCGUGUACACAUUCAUCAGCGGGGUACUCCUCACGUGUGUGAUCUCGUCAUGGGCCAUGGCUUGCACCGGGAUCUUCAGGAACAUCGAAGGAGACAUGCCAUCAGACUUCAACGUUUUGGAAGGCGGACCAUUUGGGAUAACCUGCAAUAUAUCGAUUGGCAACGUAACAGUUGCAAAUAGCACGUUCGAAGUGAACGGUAACUUCCUGGAAUUCAAGUUCAACAACCAUGUGAUACCAGAGGAUCGCAUCAUCAGGGGUCGUUCCUCCAUCACAUAUCGCAAGAGCGUCAUGACAAUGGCUGACGAAGGCGCAUACUACUGCAACCUUCGGUUCCCCACCCAACUGUUUCACAUCUGUGCCACGCAAGUGGGCGUCGGAACCCUGCCACCUCCUGUGGAGAACUUCAGAUGCGUUGCGUACUAUUUCAAGUCCCUGAACUGUUCUUGGGAGCUGCCGAGCACAUCAAUCACAACGCAUUAUACCCUGGGCGAGAUGUUUGCCCCUGCUGGUAGUAUCCCAGGUUUCUACCGGUAUUGCCCAGAAGUUUCCGAUGAUAAGAUGUCCUGUUCGUGGGCACUGAAUUCAAAGGCCCCGUUUCGGAAGGAGACACGGGACUUCAAGCUCAUAAUGACGGGAAACAACACCCUGGGAGUUUCGAAGUGGAAUUAUACGUACAACCAUUUUGCGAUACUGAAAGUCUCAGAACCGAACAAGUUUGACUGUUCGGCAGUUACAACACGCAGCGCGACCCUAAGUUGGAACGAUCCAGAGGAAGUCAGAGAGUUGCCGUCCCUGCAGGUGGUGCACCGGAUACUUUACAGAUCAGAGUACGAACAUGAGUGGAAGGUCCUUGAAACUGUCAACAACACGAAAAUGAUUCAGAAUCUUCACCCGUUCACAAACUACACUUUCCUGCUUGCAUCAAGAUCAUCAAAUACUGCACUGUCCGAUCCAUGGAGCAACAACGUCACUCUGGUACAGAUGACUCUCCCAGAUGUACCAGAGAGAGCCCCGGCGAUAUCGCCAAGCGGAUAUAUGGUGCAGAACUUCAAGUCGAAGAGAAGUGUCAUUCUUAACUUUGAGAGCCUCAGUAGAGAAUACUGGGCAGGGGCAACGUUGAAUUACGUUAUCCAGUGCUGCGAAGUCAACGUGCCACGAACGUGCUUCAACAAGACAUCCGAAGACCCCACAGUCACAGUUGAUGGGUUACAGCAGAAUGUCAGCUACGAGUUCAAGAUUUGGGCACAAAACGAGAAUGGGGUCUCCAAGAGCCAUUCUACAAUCCAAAUUGACCGCUAUGAUGAGCUAUUGGGAGCACCAGAAAACAUAGAGGUAACGGCCCUGACGCCAAAGGAGUACCGUGUCUCCUGGAGAGCACCAUCAGAGUUUGUGGAAGACGACCUGACAUACACAGUGUUCUGGUGUCCUCGAAUGGUGCCUCGAUCCAAUGCUUGUAAUGACACCCUGAGGUGGCUGACCACAAACAACACCUCGGAGAAACUUGAGCUAGAACCUGACCACAUUUACCAAUUUGGUGUGGCUGCAAACAGCAGUGAUAGGGCGUCGGGAAUGGUGUGGACUACCUGCAUCAUCCCAGUUUCUAGAGAGUUGGAGAAGAUUACUCAGGUAACUCUGGAAAAGGAUGGCCCACACAGCUUGCUCAUGCGCUGGCAGGUGGAAUGUGGAGUUCAGAAGCUGCUGAUCGACGGCUACCAGAUUGAAUUGUGUGAGGUUACCAGUGAGUUCCGGAAGUCUGCACUGCAUGACAGUUCAGGCUGCCAGCAGGCGCAUUACAAGCCCAGCGAGUGUCACAUCUACAAUGUGAGUGAUCCCGUUGUUGAAGAUUCCAUCUUGGAUGGCCUGAAGCCACGUACAACUUACCGCGGUGCGAUAAGAAUUUUCUCCAAAGGAAGCUUUACUGUUGACAGUCCUGUGCAGUGCGCAGUGACAGAUGCAAUAGGUCCUGUGGUAUCUAUGAUUGUGGGCAUCGCUGUUGGGGGUGCCUUGGGACUUACACUUCUCGUGUUUGUGCUUUAUCGCAUGGCUGUAUGGGUCAAGAAGAAGUCUGACAUGAUAAAAGAAAUGAAGGUUCAACUGCCAGAUGCUUUGCAUUCUUCAGAAGAGAAUCAGAUGCAAAGCUACAAGAACAACCAAAAUGGAGUGGUUCGUAAGGCAAGCGACGCGAAUGGCAGCCCGCGUAGCAUCUAUGGCCGCUCGUUUGGUACGGACGGUGGUGUCAAUAAACAGAGGCAUAACUCUGGUCACUCUGAAGGCAGCAGUUCCUCCACUGACGAGCUCCUGUACAAGAAUAUCCGCCGCGGCGAUGCCCUUGGCCGCAACCCUAGUGGGGACAGCAGUGGUGGCAGCUGCCAGGGCCACGAUAGCCUCACCUCUGUUGGAACUCAACGCACCCAAGCCUCCUCGUGUGACUCCGGUGCUGAAAGCGAUGCUGCUGCACCGCCUUCCCCGGAUUCCGUCUUUGGGAGCCACACACCUCUGGCCCGUGUUCGGCCCCUGCCGAAACUAGACGAGGACGAAGAUCGAGACAGCCAGGACUCCGGUCUGGAUGCCGGUCCGAGUCAGCAGGCGUACAGCAAGCUGGGCGUCGUACCCGAACCGCCAAAUCCGCUUGCGAGCCAACUUCUUGCCAACAGCGAACCGUCCCUGUUUGACGUCGACAGCGCCGAAGUUGCGGCGGUCGAACCGGCGCCGGAAGUGGCCUCUUACAGUAAAUUUGGGCUUGCCAAAAGUGCAGGCAACAUAUCCGGGAUGGACCGGCACUCUGCCCCAUUUUCUGUCUCCCAGUCGCAGCCGCCCACACAGGACACCCCAUCGGCGAUGCCCUACUCAAGAUUAGGGCUGCGCCACCAAAGGCCAGGUGGGGGAAAGCCGUUUGGUGGCACCGACGUCACCGUCGGAGUGAUGUUGGAGCAGCCACACGUCUUACCGCAUAUCAAGGACGUUGCAGCUCCACUUACCUCGAAGCCUCCUACUGGCUAUGUUGCGGUUGGGCAGGCGGUGAAAUCCCCUGUGGUUCCAGAAUCGGGGCAGGGAUAUUCAAAGUUUAGCAUUCAGCCCGCACCGCAAGUUUCCAGUGCAACAAGCGGUUAUGUGCCACUGGAGGCUGUUGUUAUUGGCAGUGGAAGGCCACCCCUUGCUCCUGUAGUACAGCAAGAACUACCGGAAACAGCUAAAAGCUUGAAGUCAGAUAGUGACGAGUCACCAGAGAGUGUGUCGACUUCAGAUGACGCUGCUAUCGCUGGUGGCGAAAACAGCAACGCCUCUUUAGAAGACUUCUCGUUCUCCAGUCUGUCCGCUCCAAGCAACGAGGAAACUCUAUCUGAGCAACCUGUAGCGGAUGGUGUCCAGUCUCCCUCUCUACAGCCGUCAUCCAGUGGUUACGUGUCAGCCUCAUCGUUGCCAACGUCGGACCACCGGUCUGAGCCGCCGGGACAGCCACCAGUACAGUGUGCGCCACCAACCAUGAAUGGUUACGUUCCAGCACUAUCGGUUCCGAAGGACAGCCAUCCUGUUGUGAAUGGUGUGCGAGAUGAAUACGUCUCGCACAACGCCGCGUUCGAGUGGGCACGGUCACCCUCCUCGGACCAAUGCCAGCCAUGGACAGCGGGUGUGUCCGAGGGAAAACCGUGCGCUGCCACAAACGGCUAUGUAGCGCUAUCAGCAGUGACGGAACCACCGAGCGCGAGGACUCCUAGUAUCGCAGUGCACGUAAAUGCAGGGUCGUCCCCAUCUUCACAACAUGUAGACUGUUCUGUGUGAGGCAUACUGUAUGUGACGGUGCUUUUUCUCUGUCUGGAACACGCUCGCGGAAGAUUGAGCGGGGCAUCAUGUGCUGCUCCUUGUCUACGAGUUCGUGCUCAGCGUCUCGACAGUCGAAUGUCCGAGUCUAGUCAUAGUGCAGGUAUUUCCGUAUUCUCAGGGCCGAGAAUACAGACUCGAAGGCUCACGGUGCUGCGUCACUGGAAGGUGCAGUUUUCUGCGCGAAUGAUCUGCCAUGUGUGUGCUUGGGGCAUGAUAGCUGAGAAAGACAUGAACUUUCAACACAGAGUAAGAAAAGUUGAGUGCUCUUCACCUUUUUUUCGUUAAGCAGCAUGCUUCUCUGUCUGUCUGUAUGUGUAAGUAAGACUCCUGUAAUGUCCACAGCAAUGCGGAAAAAACUUUGGUUCUUUCCUACGGACAAUAACGUUCAGGCUGAUUCGAGACACCACUGUUCUAGUAACCGGGACAAGCUCAGGAUGAGUUCUUGUAUGGCCAUGUAUGGAAGGUGAAAGAAAUUUAAUGGAGGGAGGUGGAAAUGUGUGUGUGUCAAACCUUACCACCUGUGGACGAAUGCACACACUAAUGCUUCUGGGGCUUGAGAAACGUGCUCUUAUCAGUGCAUGGAGCCCUGGUGAAGGCAUGUUUCAUCAGUUACGUUGCAGUUUCCUCACUCAGAGCCGUUUCCUUUGUCUCGUACCGUUUGUCUCGCUGCACGAAUGUGCCUAAAAAUGACACUGGGUGCAGUGAGAAUAUAUGAGAAAUGUGGAUGUGCUUUCCAGUCCUGUAAUUGUGGCACAUUGCAGCUGUUGGUGCAGAGUUUUUGUCUCUGUGGUCUGAUCUGGUUAGGAACCAGACCAGUGAUCUGGGAGGGUCCAGGUUUCGGCCCUAAUUGUGGUGCAAGCUGAAAUUUCUCACGAGCUGCUUUUUCUCUCUUCAAAACCUUCUCUAACAAAAAAUCAUUUCGAGAGAGUGUGUGUGCAACAAAAUGUUUUCAAAUACUUCCUUCCAGGUAAUCAAACCUUGCCAUCACAUCUUGUACAGGACUUUGAUUUUCCAAUAUUUCUGUUUGUUCAGGAAGUCGUAUCAUCUGUGGCCAUUUCGUCGGAGUUUCACUGUACGCGCGACUUAUCGGGUCAAAAUGCAUCCUUCGAGAAAAUGUUUUUCUCCAUUUUUGCAUUUGUGUAGUUGGUUGUUGUCGCUUCUUUGUGCCAAAUUCUUUGUGCUAUCCACAUCAAGUUUAGUUUUAGUGGCAUGAACAAAGUGGGAAGUCAUUGCAGGUGCACGCAUGCAGAACAGCAACAGAGAUGCUGAAGGUUUCUUCCUCCUUACUCAGUUUUGUGUUUUAUACCUCAAAGGAUGGGAUUUUGUGAGAGUUAUUUUUUGAACAAAUGCAAUGUGCAAUAUAUUUUUCGUGCAUGCCGUGCAUUUCCUGCAUUUACAAGUUUGUGUCGAGGUGAAAUCUCAGAAGGAAAGAAAAGAACAACGAUCUUCACACAAGGUUCAUCAGUCCGUAAGAAACACAGGCUUGUGCAGACCUUCGAAAAUUUAGAAUGUGGAGCUGGAUGAUUGGGUUUUAGUGGUUCAAUAGAGCUGAGGAACAAAAACAUGUUAGUCUGCUUUCUUCGACAGAUGGGUGGCGGCAGCUUCACCCCAAAAUUGAGCAGUCUUGUAAAAUUAACUGCCUUUUAUUCAAAAUGCUGCAGUACAUACAAUACUGCAGUCAUAAGACAUGUCACUACGCUGUUUCUUUAUGCUCGCAAAGUGACUAUUUGUGUUAUGCUUAACAUCAGUUCCUGUUAAUCAUAUGUGGUUUCACCAUUUGAUUCGAUAAAAUACUUCGAUUCUCACAGGCCUAUUUAAAUAGAUAUACAGUCAAACUCCUUUACAACGAAACUCAGGGGACAGCAAAAAAAAUUCGCAGUAAAGGUAUUAUCGUUAAGAAGGAUGCCCAUUAUUGGGCCUAUAGGGCUCCAGCGGGACCGCAAAAAAAUUUGCUGUAGUGGUAUUUUCGUUAAAAAGGUGUUCGCUAUAAAGGAAUUUGACUGUAUAGGUUUUCAUUUGCGCUCAGGGGGACCUAUGAAUGGAUUUUUGUCCAAGUGAGAGCCUCUGCUUGUGUGUGGCCAGCAUGUGUAUAUACUUGCAUGUAUCAUAAUGAGUAUUGGGUGCUUUCUAUGUUUGAACCACAGAAAUGCUUGUACAGUCAGUUACCGAGGAAAGAUCUGGACAAAUUUCAGCAAACGUGGCUCCUCAGGAUAAACUGCAGCCGAAUCUCACGAUGUGCAUUUUUGUGUGCCACAAACAGGCAAAAUUCAUGUUCAGCCCAUUUCGUUUUGCAUGUCUGGCAGUGUCAGCAACGUAAGUUGUUCAAACUGAAGUGUCUAAUGUGUGCAACUUUGCAUUGUAUAAGUUAAGCAUGUUUAUAUUUUGAGCACCCAACUCCUAGAACUACUGUAUUUUUGGACAUACAAGUGAACGAAUCUGAGGCAACACAAAAAAAGUACAAAUGGAAUACAGAAAGAACAAGUUUAUCAUUGUUUUCUAUUGUUUUGUAUCGAGGUUUUCAUUUUGUUGGGAUAUGUACCACAAGAAACAUUGUGUCCUCUGUUUUGCUGCAUGCAUAUCACGUUAGGUAUGAUGGAUGCUGUUGAAGGACGCUGUUUCUUUGGAUAAUUAUAAAGGUUGGUGCCUGGCUUGUCUGCCUCAUAUGGAACGAAAAUAAAAAUGCUGUUAUACAUC